AACUGCACGAACUAAAAACGGAAAAAGCGACCAAAAAAUACCAGAAAACUAGCCAAAUCGGAGAACAGUAUGAAAAUGGUGUUGUCGCAGCGGCAGCGCGAGGAGCUUAACCAAGCGAUUGCCGAUUAUCUAGGCUCAAAUGGCUACGGCGACUCACUUGAGACCUUUCGCAAGGAGGCCGAUGUCAGCACAGAGGCAGAGAAGAAGUUUGGCGGUCUACUGGAGAAGAAGUGGACAUCGGUCAUACGGUUACAGAAGAAAGUAAUGGAACUAGAGGCUAAGCUUACCGAAGCUGAGAAGGAGGUUAUCGAGGGGGCGCCCACAAAGAACAAACGCACUCCCGGCGAAUGGAUACCUCGCCCACCAGAAAAGUACUCUCUGACUGGUCAUCGAGCCAGCAUAACGAGGGUUAUAUUUCACCCAAUUUUUGGCCUCAUGGUUUCAGCAUCGGAAGAUGCCACCAUUAAGAUUUGGGAUUUUGAAACUGGCGAGUAUGAGCGUAGUCUAAAAGGACAUACCGACUCUGUGCAGGACGUGUCAUUCGAUUCUCAGGGCAAGCUCUUGGCUUCCUGCAGCGCUGACUUGUCCAUUAAGUUGUGGGAUUUCCAGCAGAGCUACGAAUGUGUUAAAACAAUGCAUGGUCACGAUCACAAUGUAUCAUCGGUGGCCUUUGUGCCCGCUGGCGACUAUGUUCUGUCUGCUUCACGUGAUCGAACCAUCAAAAUGUGGGAGGUGGCCACCGGAUACUGCGUGAAGACAUAUACAGGCCAUAGGGAGUGGGUACGAAUGGUGCGAGUGCACAUUGAAGGCAGCAUCUUUGCCACAUGCUCAAAUGAUCACACAAUACGUGUUUGGCUGACGAAUUCAAAAGACUGCAAGGUUGAAUUACGCGAUCAUGAGCACACCGUGGAGUGCAUUGCCUGGGCUCCGGAAGCCGCAGCAUCAGCAAUAAACGAAGCAGCCGGAGCGGACAACAAGAAAGGUCACCACCAGGGCCCAUUCCUUGCAUCCGGUUCUCGAGAUAAAACUAUACGAAUUUGGGAUGUGAGCGUCGGACUGUGCCUGCUCACGCUGAAUGGCCAUGACAAUUGGGUGCGUGGCUUGGCAUUCCAUCCGGGUGGCAAGUAUUUGGUGUCGGCCAGUGAUGCCAAGACCAUCAGGGUCUGGGACUUGCGGAACAAGCGAUGCAUGAAGACGCUCUACGCACAUCAGCAUUUCUGCACCUCCAUAGAUUUUCACAAGGCGCAUCCGUACGUCAUCAGCGGCAGUGUGGAUCAAACAGUUAAGGUCUGGGAGUGUCGUUAAAGCAAAGUUAACUCAGCAAAACUUUUUCUUACUUCUCAAUUUAAACAUAAAGCUAUUAUAAUAAAUCACACACCACACACACAUACAAAAACAACAACAAAAACAGUCUCGGCCACCUCCAGCAAGUUUAUUUUCUAGACGCUUUCAGUGUCAGCGUCCGUGAGCAAAAUGAACAUAGUGUAUUUUAAACCCGAAUGCAAAAUCGCGAAAAGAAUUAUUUAUUUAAUUGUACGCCCUUCUAACUAACUAUGUAACUACCUACCUACUAUAUAAAAAGUACAUGUAUACGUUAAUGCCUAUGCAUAUACACCUACGAUUAGGUUCCCAAGCAGCGGCUCGCUAAGCAAAACAGGCACAAGCUGAAAUUUACGUCUAUACUUGAAUGAUGAAUGGAAACGGAGUAUUGGCAAUUGUACAACCAAAUAUAUUCAUCUGAAAAAUGUUCCAGUAGAUAAAUAUUGAUUUUCCACCCA